AUGGUGGUCUGGGUCCAGUUCCCCGGAUUACCGGUGCAUUUCUAUCACAAGGAACUCCUCUUCACUAUGGGUAAUCUUCUAGGUAGAGCCAUUAAGCUUGAUUACCACACUCAAAAUCAGCAGCGGGCAAAGUUUGCACGGAUGGCCGUUGAAGUUGAUUUGUCGAAACCAUUGGUCCCGAGAAUCAGGCUGGAUGAUCGAUGGCAGAGGGUUGAAUAUGAGAAUCUCCCUGUUGUCUGUUUUGAGUGUGGGAAGGUUGGACAUACGAACGUCUCUUGCCCUACCUUAGAUCGACGGCCGAGUGGAGAAGGCGAUGGAGGAUCUACGUCAUCGGCGGUGAUCGUGGCCGGCGUUUCCACGCCGGAAGCUAGUGCCGGUUUGGACCGUGGAUGA